AUGCAAAUAAGUCUGAACCGAGGUGGAGUGCCAUCAGCGCGAAAGGAAGUGAUUCGGCACAAAAUUCGUGCCAUAGGAAAAAUGGCUCGCGCAUUUUCUGUACUGAGGGAAGAAAGCGAGACGGUAUUGGCGCUUAAAGGCCUCACACCUACUGGAACUCUACCGCUGGGUAUACUGAACGAAGGUAGACGUGGAGUACAGGAGGGCAAAGCACUACGUUGGGAUCGUAUUCUUGUUUCUAUUCUGCUAACCCAUUGUGAGCUUACCGGUUUCCUUGGGGUGUGCUGCGCUGUUCUCUCUGGUGUGCUUCAACAUGACACAAUACACGAGAGUGAAGCGGUGCUGCAACUGAAGGGUCUAACUCCUGGAGGCAAACUGCCACAAGGUGUUCUGUCCGGAGGGAAAUCUGCGCUUAUCAAAUCUCUGUCAGGUGUACAACCCGGUCAUCGUAUUCAAUCGUUUGCCGAAGCGAAACGACUCGAUCAGAUGAACGAACGUAUGCCGCCGUCGAUGGUGUCGCCCGGUCAGUCGCCGUCGUCGUCGCCGCAACCGCGUACACGCAACGGACCGGAUGCGUAG